AUAUUAUUGUAUAUAAAAUAUAAUUUUUUGCAUUGAUGAGAUUCUGACAGAUUGAGAAAUGAUAUUUGAUGGUCCAAUCUCCAACUCCAAACCGCCUUCUCCUAUCACCGCCAAUCCAAAUUAUAAGUUCCGUUUUGAAUCUGAAGUUGAAUGUAUAUAAAACACAGAGAGACACAGUCCAUUUGAGACACAAAGACUUGGCUUCUCUUGAUUGAGUGAGUGGCACCUAACAAUUUAAUCACUUUUUGGUUUUUGUUUUUAUUUAUUUGUAAUUUAACCAAUAAAAUAAUGAAACCCAAAUAAAUCGAAAGUACUAAGACUGUUAAAUUUCUCUCCUUUUUCUUCUUUUAUCAGUUUAUGCGAAUCCAUUCUCGAAAAAGUUCUUUUUUUUUUUCUUUUUCUUUUUGUUACUUUGUAGAUUCUCUAGAAUUCCCAACCUCCCAGAAAGAAAAAAAAUCCCGGAAAAUCACAUUCGUUUCUAUUCCGGGAAAGGAAACGAGUGAAAUAGAAUAACCAAAUUUUUUGGUGUAUGGAGAAACGGUGAACUCACUGUGUCUACUUUGCUAUAUAAAAAACUUAAGAAACACUCCCGACUCAUUCGGUGUGACUCGGUGAGUGCACUCAUCAUCAAUGCCAAAUAUUUUCUUUUCCUUUGUUGUAUUUAUUUUUUAAUUCUGGAAUCUGGGUAUUGCUUGUUUUGCCAUUAUGUAAUCUGGAAAUAGCUGUCAUACAAUGCCUCAAGAUGCUUCUGGUCUUGAAGCACAGCAGAAAAGAGCAGGUCUCUUAAAAGAUCAGGUUCGGCUGGUUAAGCGAAAGGAUUGUGAUCGCCAUGAGAUUGUUCCAAUCCAAGGACCUCUGUCCUUUGAGAAGGGGUUUUUUAUUGUCAUCCGUGCGUGCCAAUUGUUGGCACAGAAAAACAAUGGGAUAAUAUUGGUAGGAUUAGCAGGUCCUUCUGGAGCUGGGAAGACUGUAUUUACAGAAAAGAUACUCAACUUCAUGCCCAGCAUUGCUACCAUAUCAAUGGACAACUAUAAUGAUUCUAGUAGAAUUGUUGAUGGCAACUUUGAUGAUCCUCGAUUGACAGAUUAUGAUACUUUGCUCCAGAACCUUCAUGAUUUAAAGGAAGGGAAAGAAGUUCAGGUCCCCAUCUAUGAUUUCAAGGCUAGUUCCCGAAUAGGAUACAGGACGCUUGAAGUUCCAAGCUCUCGCAUUGUAAUUAUUGAGGGCAUCUAUGCCUUGAGUGAAAAAUUGCGACCCAUGCUUGAUCUACGAGUAUCUGUCACCGGGGGAGUUCACUUUGACCUUGUUAAACGAGUCCUACGAGACAUACAGCGUGCUGGCCAAGAACCUGAAGAAAUAAUCCAUCAAAUAUCUGAAACUGUAUAUCCAAUGUACAAGGCCUUCAUUGAGCCAGAUCUCCAAACGGCACAAAUAAAAAUCAUUAACAAGUUCAACCCAUUUACUGGAUUUCAGAGUCCCACUUAUAUUUUAAAGUCAGCAAGAGAGUUAACAGUUGAGCAAAUUAAGAGUGCCAUAUCUGAUGAACAUACAGAAACACAGGAGCAGACUUAUGAUAUAUACCUUCUACCUCCUGGUGAAGACCCUGAAUCUUGCCAAUCAUAUCUGCGGAUGCGGAAUAAAGAUGGAAAAUACAGUCUCAUGUUUGAGGAAUGGGUAACGGAUAUUCCAUUUGUUAUUUCUCCAAGAAUUACAUUUGAAGUCAGUGUGCGCCUUCUUGGUGGGCUAAUGGCCUUGGGUUAUACAAUAGCAACCAUCCUCAAAAGAAACAGCCAUGUCUUCUCUGAUGAUAAAGUUUGUGUCAAAAUUGAUUGGCUAGAGCAGCUAAAUCGUCAAUACUUUCAGGUGCAAGGAAGGGACCGGUCAGUUGUAAAAUGUGUUGCAGAGAAGCUUGGUUUGGAAGGUUCAUAUAUUUCACGUACCUAUAUUGAGCAAAUUCAAUUGGAAAAGCUUGUAAAUGAGGUUAUGGCCCUGCCAGAGGAUUUGAAGACAAAGCUCAGCCUAGAUGAGGAUCUGGUGUCAAGCCCCAAAGAUGCACUCUUGCGGGCCUCUGCGGAUAGGGUUGCCUUGAGAAAUAGGCAUCUCAAAAGUGGCAUUUCACAUUCAUAUUCUACUCAAAUGGAGAAGAAUAUGUCGAACUUUGCUGGAUAUAAUGUGAGCAACCGGCGGUUUGGUGAGAGAAAUUCAGAGUCAGCUCUAGCAAAUGAGGGAGUCAUAACUCAGCUUUCAGAACAGAUAUCCUCUCUGAAUGAUAGAAUGGAUGAGUUUACGAUCCGUAUUGAAGAGUUGAAUUCCAAGUUAACCAUCAAGAGAUAUACUUCUAGCCAACAAAACUUGGCUUUCCAAGCUGAAUCAUGCAAUGGCUCUGCUCCAACUUCUCACUUCAUCAAUGGUUUAGGAAAUGGUUCCAUAAUGCCCAAUUCCUCAUCAUCCUCCCAGCUGGCUAAGGAUUCACCUAUAAUGGAAGAGAUAUCCAGUGUAGCACGUGGACAACGGCAAAUCAUGCAUCAGUUAGACAACCUUAGUAAUCUCCUGCGUGAGGGAAUUGGAGAAAGGUCACAAGCAGCUUGUACAAAAAAGAAAAACAUGAUGGCUGGUGGUGGAGAUUCUAUAAAAGUUCCUGUAAUAUUAACAUUGGCAAUUGGCGGUCUGGGAAUCUUCUUAUAUAGGGGCAUUUUAACCCGACACUGAUUCAGACUCAAGAGUAUUUUUGCACACAUUUAAGAUUUUCUUUUGUCCCACAAAGUGUUCUCUUUUUACACGGCACUAAUCUUCUGCCUCGAGAAAGACAAGUUUAGACAUAUAUUUGAAAGAGUUACAAGGGGCCCAAAAAAAACAAAAGCAAAUGCUGUUUAAGGUUUGCCUUUUGAGGGCUUUUUCCGGCAAAGAAAGGGUGCUCAUCUAUGGCAAUUUUUCUUUUUUUUCCUUUUUCAGUUUGUGGGAACUUCUCUUCCUCUCGUUUACUCCUUUGUGACAUUCAUUUUCUGGUUAAAUUUAAUAGCAGCUAAUAGUUCCACACUUCA